UUCCUGUCCACCUUCAUACUCCCUCUUACUUCCAGGACUUUAUUUUACUCCAUCCUUUCCCUGUAAAUAUGUUCGCCUGCUUUGUUUAAACUUGUCUCCCGAUCGUUCGGAAUAUCGGCCCGUUGCUGACCUUUUUCGUUCCUUAUUUUUUUCUCUUCGUUUCCCCCUCUUACGACCUACCACUCAUUUCCCACUCUCACUCUAUUCUUUUCUUGCCUCUGACGGGCUUCGCGAACCCUCGCACUUCUCCGUUUAAGCGUAUUGUUAUUCGCGACUUCUUGCGACCAUGGUGAUGGGAAUUAGCAAACGCCAGCAGUUCCGCAAUGAGCGGGCUCUGCAGGACCUCAUUCGAUCGGUUCCUGGCAAUGACCGAUGUGCCGAUUGUCAGGCUAUGAAUCCAGGAUGGGCCAGUUGGAACAUGGGCCUCUUCCUCUGCAUGCGAUGCGCCGCCAUCCAUCGGAAACUCGGCACUCACAUCUCGAAAGUCAAGUCUCUAAGCAUGGAUACUUGGACCGCGGACCAGGUGGAUAACAUGAAAUCCCACGGAAACAACCUGAUGAAUAAAAUCUACAACCCAAAGAACGUUAAGCCGCCCAUUCCGACCGAUGUCGACGAGGCCGACGCUUGCAUGGAGCGCUUCAUUCGCCAGAAGUAUCAAUACCGUUCGUUGGAGGAGGGUAAAGCACAACAACCCCCGAGCCGUCAUGAUUCGGGCUACGACCGGUCUCCCGAGGGCUCUCCGCCUCCCCUCCCCCCGAAACCUAACCGCCCCAUUGGGUUCGGUCUUCGGUCCGCGUCUUCCGCCACAAACCUUCGUCGAGUAUCAGAUAGGCAGGCCUCCCCGCCUCCUCCGCUCCCAACCAGUGCGGGGAGUGACCCGGUGUUCGAAUCCAAUUUGGCCACCCUGCGGAGUAUGGGUUUUGCGAAUGAGCGCCGGAACGCUGGUGCUCUCCGUGGAUUAGAUGGGAAUCUCGAUAAAGCGAUCGAGACCCUGAUGCGCCUGGGAGAGGGGGGCAGUCAUCCUACUUUGCGGAGCAAAACACCCACUACCGCUACUGGAAGGGAUACCGCCAGUCGGGCCGGCUCAGCCAAUCCGUUCGAUCAACUGGAUGCCAACCCGCCGGCUCAGUCAAAUGGACAGUCCUACAACCCGUUCGACAUGCCGUCCCAGCCACAGCAGCCUCCGAUGCCGUCUUCCGCGCAGCCUUUGGAUGUCUCUUUCCAACACUUGCAGGUUUCGCAACCGUUGUUCCCCCACUCCACGGGCGGAUAUCCCCAGAGCCAGCCUGCGCUCCCGCAACCCCUGUACCAGCAAUCUGCCACCCCACCCUCCGCCGCCCAGCCGCAGGGCAUCUUGACCCCUCCGAUUUCGAACCAGAGCGCUGGAUCGCCUCAGACGAAUAAUCCCUUUUUCACGCAACCACCUCCGCAACCGACGUCAGCGCCACAGGUCGCUCCAGCUGGGUACCACCCACCGCGCCACGCGAACACGAUGCCUGCGUUAUCUACUUCGGCGUUUGGGCAGCCGUCUCCGUUCCAGUCGCAGGCCCCUCAACCGCAGCCCCAGGCCCAACCCCAAACUCUGCUGCAGCCUCAGCAGUCUCAGUACGGAAGCGGUUCGUUGAACCCCUACCAGACGACUGCCGCGCCCACCGCACCCCAGAGUCUGGCGCCUCCCUCGCAGUUCGGAGUCCAGCAACUCACCCCCCAGCCGACCGGCCGUAUGAACAAGAACAAUAUCCUCUCUUUGUACCAAUUCGCGCCGCCCCCGCCAACCCUGCCCGAGCAGCCACCGCUUUCCGCUCCGCUGGGCGGCCCCCAAGCUCCAACCUCGGCACCGAACUUCGCGCAACCCAACCCCAACCCCGGUGCUCAACCUCCGUUUGACGCGAGUGGCGGUUCCCGAAACCCCUUCUUUACUCAAGCCCCGGGGGCCAUGCCCACGCAAGCUCCCAUGCCCGCGCAAGCUCCUAUGCAGCCCGCACAAGCCCAGUCGGCAUAUGGAGCCCAGCCGGCAUAUGGAUACGGCACCGCGAUGAAUUCCGCUCCCUCGACAACGGGAGCCUUUCCCAGAGGACACAUGAGCCAGCAAAGCGUUGACAUCAAUGGAUUCCAGACUGGCAGGCAUAGUCCGGACGCGUUUGCCAGCUUGAGCGCACGAUAUGGUUGA